AACCAUACAAUUUCCUUUUUCCCUUAAACAGCAACUUUGCUCUCUCUCUCUCUCUCUCUCUCUCUCUCUCUCUCUCUCGCUCUCUCUCCCAUACACACACACACGCACACGCACGCACGCACACGCACAUACACACACAUGAUGAAUGAUGAUGAUGAUGAUACAUCAACAUGCAUGUGUUAGCUAGCUAUAUCAACGAUAACAAGAAAUAGAGAGAUAGGGAGAGAAGGAAAACGCGCUGAUAUAUGUAUAUGUGUGUGUGUGCGCGCAUUUGGGCGUCAGCUAUAUGUAUCUGCUAGUCUCUCUUUCUGUCUCUCUCUCUCCUCUUUCUUCGUCUGCUCUUAACCACAACCAUUGAAAGCUCAACAAUCAGGAGGGAAGAUCGAUCAGAUAUAUCAGAUCCAAAAGCAUUACUCAUCCUCCAUCCUAUAUUCUUCCACUGAUAAGUCAAUAUAUUCAUUCAUUCAAUCUAUCUAUCAAUCAAUCAAAUCAAAUCAAAUCAAAUCAUCAAAAGAGGAAUCGAAUCCUAAAAGAAAAGAAAGAUGUCGUCCUCAUCAGCAUCUUCUGGCUUUUCACCGGACCACCACCACCAGCACCUCUCUCUCAAUUCCAAUUCCUCCUCCUCCUCCGACCACCUCUGUUACGUCCAUUGCAACUUCUGCAACACUGUCCUCGCGGUGAGUGUUCCUUCGAGUAGUUUGUUUGAGACUGUGACGGUUCGAUGCGGCCACUGCUCCAAUCUCCUCUCAGUUAACAUGCGAGGGCUUCUUCUCCCAUCCCCAGUUGUCCCCAAUCAUCAGCUUCAUCUCCCUCACUCUUUCAUUUCUCCUCAUCAUCUUCUGGAGGAGAUUCGGAGCUCGCCGCCAAAUAUGAUGAUGAUCAAUCAGCCAAACUUGAACGGUCAGUCGAUGAUCAUGCCUGAUCAAGGAGUCAAUGAGAUGCCUAAGCCCCCAGCUGUUAACAGACCCCCCGAGAAGAGACAGAGAGUCCCAUCUGCGUACAAUCGCUUCAUCAAGGAGGAGAUCCAACGUAUCAAGGCUGGAAAUCCCGAUAUAAGCCACAGGGAGGCCUUCAGCGCCGCUGCAAAGAAUUGGGCUCAUUUCCCCCACAUUCACUUUGGACUCAUGCCUGAUCAACCCGUGAAUAAAAAAACUAACGUGCGCCAACAGGAAGGAGAGGAUGAUCUGAUGAAAGAAGGGUUUUUUGCUGCGGCCAAUGUUGGUGUCUCUCCCUACUAGCUAAGAAAUGAAACUAAACUACCGUUAGGGUUCCCUUUUCUUCUCCAUCUCUUCUUACGUUCUUAUGCUCUAGGAUCCCUUUUAUUUUCAGUCUCAUCAGGGUUCUUGUUUUGGGCUUUUUAGCUUCAAACAGUACUGUCAACUCAAUACUACUCUGGGCUGCUUGAUUUGCUUCUAUGUUAUUAUAAAAUGGUGGGAAAAAGGGAUCUGAUCCAAGUCAAGAACAUUAAUGUUAAUUAUUGUAGGCUAACAACCUCCAAAAUCAAUUAAUUUAUUCCCUGGAACCCAUCUAUUUUGUAAGUAUUGAUAGCUAGUUCCCCGCAGCCUGCUGUACGUGUAGUUUGUUUCUUAAUCAUCAUUAAUCAUUUCAUUUUAUAAGUAUAAA